AUGAAAGAAAAUAUUUUAAAUUUUGGGAAAAAGUAUAAUAUAACAUGGCAACAAACUAUGUUGCGUAUUUAUAAUCCUGAAGAAACAAUAGAAUUUUAUGAAAAAAAUUUUGGUAUGAUAAAUAUUCAUACUUAUCAUUUUAAUGAACAUAAUUUCUCUUUAUAUUUUAUGAUAACUCCUCCAUAUGAUGAAGAAGAAAAGAAAAAGUUGCCCCCAAAAAAUACUAGAGAGUCGGAAAAAUACCUUUGGAAUCUUAAUACUGUUUGUUUAGAAUUAACUCACAAUCAUAAUAGUGAAGAGAAGUUAAGCAACGGUAACAAUGAAAAUGAUAGGGGAUUUGGUCAUAUAGCAUUCAAUUGUCAUGAUGUUGUAGAAUUAUGUGAUAAACUUUUAAAAAAAAGUGUAAGAUUUCACAAAUUGCCCCAUGAAACGAAAAUGAAAAGUAUUGGAUUUGCUUUAGAUCCCAAUAACUAUUGGAUAGAAAUAGUUAAAAGAUCAAAUGAAGUAAUAUGGAAAGAUAAAAAAGACAUUACUAAUUUUUCUCAAACUAUGAUUAGAGUAAAAAACCCUGAAAAAAGCUUAUAUUUCUAUAUAAAUAUAUUAGGUAUGAAAUUAGUUCACAUUAAGCAUAAUGAUAAUUUUUCUUUAUAUUUUUUAAAGUCUACUUAUUUAAAUGAAAAAAAUACAAGCACUUCAGAUGAAGGAUCAUAUGAUUUUAAUUCAUUAAAGAAUUCAUUUCAAUCUAAUGAAUCAUAUGAAAAUUUUAAAAAAUCUUGGCAUCCUGUUUUAGAAUUAACACAUAAUCAUGGAACUGAAGAAGAUGAAAAAUUUUCAUAUCAUAAUGGUAAUACUGAACCUAGAGGUUUUGGCCAUUUAGGAUUUUUAGUAGAUAAUUUAGAGGACUAUUGCAAAGAAUUAGAAAAUUUAAAUAUUACUUUUAAAAAAAAAGUAAACGAAGGAUUGAUGAAAAAUAUUGCUUUUAUCUAUGACCCAGAUAAUUAUAUAAUUGAACUAAUUCAAAGGGAUACAACAUUUAAUCGUAAUUAA